ACCAUAGACUGUAAUGGUACAAAGAGUACGGGUUACACGGCGGACGACUUAACUACGAGUUAUUUUACAGUAACUACAAAUUGUUUGACGAGUUGGAGUGCUAAUUUGCCGAUUACUUAAUCUACUCGUUGAAACGAAGCGGAGAUAUUCUUGCGGUCGUACUGUACUUGUUGUUAAACUAGCGUUAGCGGGAGCUUUAGCUAGUCCCGUCCCUGCUGUCUUAAACGUCUUUAUUCGGAACUUGUUGUCGCAUAUUUUGUAACUAUUUAAUCGUUCCCGCUAAUCAGGAGGACGUCUGUGCUGUUUUUGAGCAUCCCCGGUGGUCGUCUGCUUCCACACAUGCUGCCCCCGCCGCUCAGGAGACUCAACUCUGUGGAUGAAUUCAUGGAGCAAGGUUAAGAGAAUAAUCGUUACCAGACAAUCUAAAGCUACUUCCGAAGACUUCUGUCUUCAAGGACAUCUUAUUAUUGUUGUUGUUGGGGACACCCCCUCCCCCACUUUUCCACCGUCACUUGGGAUAUAAAAGACAGCAGGUGACAUGGUUGUCAACACCAUCCACUGGUUCAGGAAGGGACUGCGGCUGCACGACAACCCGUCUCUGAGGGACUCUAUCCGGGGAGCGGACACCCUGCGGUGCAUCUACAUCCUGGACCCCUGGUUCGCGGGAUCCUCCAAUGUGGGCAUCAACAGGUGGAGGUUUUUGUUGCAUUGUUUGGAGGACUUGGACACCAGCCUGCGUAAACUGAACUCCCGUCUGUUUGUCAUCAGAGGACAGCCCACCGACGUCUUCCCUCGUCUGUUUAAGGAGUGGAAGAUCAACCGUUUAUCUUAUGAAUAUGACUCUGAGCCGUUUGGGAAGGAGCGUGAUGCCACCAUUCAGAAGCUCGCCAGCGAAGCGAAGGUGGAGGUCAUGGUGCGGAUUUCACACACACUCUACGACCUGGCCAAGAUCAUUGAACUGAACGAUGGUCAGCCUCCUAUCACCUAUAAGCGCUUCCAGGCUCUCGUUAGCCGGAUGGAAGCCGUGGAGCACCCUGCAGAGACGAUCACACCGGAUGUGAUCAAAAACUGUGCCACGCCCAUCAGUGACGACCACGACCACAAAUUCGGGGUGCCGACCCUGGAAGAGUUGGGUUUUGACACGGAGGGCCUGAGCGAAGCCGUGUGGCCGGGUGGAGAAACAGAAGCCCUUAUCAGGCUGGAGAGACACCUGGAGAGGAAGGCGUGGGUGGCAAACUUCGAGAGUCCUCGUAUGAACGCCAACUCCCUGCUGGCCAGUCCCACGGGCCUCAGUCCGUACCUGCGCUUCGGAUGUCUCUCUUGUCGACUAUUCUACUCAAAACUCACCGACCUGUACAUAAAGGUGAAGGAGAACAACUCCCCGCCUCUCUCCCUGUACGGUCAGCUGCUGUUUAGGGAGUUCUUCUACACCUCCGCCACCAACAACCCCUGCUUUGACAAGAUGGAGGGAAACCCUGUGUGCGUGCAGAUCCCCUGGGACAGAAACCCGGAAGCUCUGGCCAAGUGGGCGGAGGGACAGACAGGCUUUCCCUGGAUAGAUGCCAUCAUGACCCAGUUGAGGCAGGAGGGCUGGGUCCAUCACUUGGCACGGCAUGCUGUGGCCUGCUUCCUGACCAGGGGAGACCUGUGGAUCAGCUGGGAGGAAGGCAUGAAGGCGUUUGAGGAGCUGCUCAUAGACGCAGACUGGAGUGUAAACGCUGGCAGCUGGAUGUGGCUCUCUUGCAGCUCCUUCUUUCAGCAGUUUUUCAAAUGUUACUGCCCCGUGGGAUUUGGACGACGCACAGACCCCACUGGGGACUACAUACGGCGUUAUUUGCCGGUACUAAGAGGCUUUCCAGCUGAAUACAUUUAUGAUCCGUGGAACGCCCCGGAGGAAGUGCAGAAGGCGGCCAAAUGUAUCAUCGGAGUUCAUUACCCCAAGCCCAUGGUGAACCACGCCGAGGCCAGCCGCAUCAACAUCGAGAGGAUGAGGCAGAUUUACCAGCAGCUCUCCAGCUACAGAGGAAUAGGUCUCCUGGCUGCAGUUCCAUCUAAUCCCAGCAGCAACAUGAGAGGAGUCGGUGCAGGGAGCAGUCAGGCUCCAAGAGGGGCUUCUGAAAAUCCCCCCACCCAGGAGACAAUACCUCGGACAGAAAGAGGACAGAUGACACAGAAGCGGCGCUAUGAGGAGGCUCUCCCUGAAAGCUGCCGUAAAUCUUUGAAGCAGAGCAAAUGAUAUGAAAAAGACUCAAAGGGUCCGUCAGUGUGAACGGCAUCGGACAAUACUCUGCAGUGACUGUAACUCACCACGAUAAACUACAGAACAGGGGGUCCUGGAUCCAGCUGCAGCCUGAAGGACUCUCUCAUGCACAUGCUUUUUGUGAGCAGUUGAGGUUAUUAGAGAUCAGACGGUCAGCUGUUAAAACGUCUCCAGGUUAGAGGCAUGAAACAUCUCAGGAACAGAGGAGGGAACUGAGAGAAAACAUUGAAUCUGCAGAGAAAGGACCCUUAAACACCAGAGGGCUGCACGACCAAGUGAGAUCGAUAUUUACAAAUUCCCUCGAUACUUUUCUGCAGUUUUGCCCAAGAUGAUGCUGCAUUUUCACAUGGGCUCACCCUGACUCCACAAGGAAAGUUUACUAGGGUGCUGGUGGAAGAAUUUCCAGGUGAAGUGGGAGUGAAGAACGUGUCUGUUUGUGUUCACACAUGCAGCGCACUCUGAUCGUUUCAGGAGUUUAGUUCAAGCAUGAACGCACCAAUAAAAACUCUGCUGCCGUCAGACUCAGAGAGACGGCUGGCUAUCGGUUCUUUGUGUGCAAAAGAAGCUUCAAAUGCCUCGCUGAAUGACGCCUUUCAUCCCGGAGUUAACAGGCCGUUGAUUGGUUAACUCCUUGAUACCUGUUACUCCUAACUGGAGCUUCAGCUUUUGUCACGCUAGCUCACUCAAAGAAAGUCACUUUACGUUUAACUUGCUUCGAAGUGCAGCCCUCUGGGUACAAAAAAAGCAAAAACAAUCAAGUCUUCACAUCGGGGUAUCGUGAGGCCGCCUUCUGUCUUCCACUGUAAAAAGUAACACAAGUGCUAAUCUAUGUUCCCCAUCCGCUGAGUCAGGAAGUCAUCGAGGGGAGUGUUUGGAACCAGGAGGCAAACACACCUUUUUAUUCCCCGUCAGGUAUUCACGCAGCGAAAUGUUUCUUUAGCCAUCGGUUGUCUUUGAAGAUUAAAUGAACGUAGUGUUUAAUCCUGACAGCUGUGGCCAUCAGGCAAUCGGGGAGUUCUGUCGUGUACGGCCGACAUGUUAACCCCGCUGUCUGCACAAUGACCUGCAUAGAACACCCAAAUUAAAUCCUGUUCCUCGUAAACAAGCCCCUUAUAUUCCUGUCUGAAGUCCGUCUGUCAUGAUUGUUUGUUGAUAAAGAAAACCUUACAGAUGAUACAGAUUUGUACAUAUUUAUUGUUUUUUGAUUCCCUCAGUUUGUAUAUAUUUGCUCACAGGGUUUCGCAGCUCUUUAUUUUGUACAAACGAUGACCAAAUUCUUACGGUUUA